AAGCCGUGCCAGCCCCAAGCCUGCUCAGCCGGGCGUGGCGCGCUGAUCCUGCGAGCGUUUGCGGCAGCCUCUGCUCGCAACGGCAUUGGAACCCGGCGCUCUGCAGAGCGCCCCCGUGUGCCAUGGUCGGCGACCGCGCGGAGGGCAUUGGCAUGGACGACGGGGACUUCGUCGACGGCAUCGUCGAGUCCUCGAUGCGCAGUCUGUUCCCCCAGCUGCAGGCCGACUACCAGCGGGAGCUCCGCAGUGCUCUCAGCGUGGCGAUCCGCCAGUCGCGAGGCCAGCCAGUGGCGACCCCCGGCCCCGAGCGCAGGCCCACGCCCUCGGAGCCCGCGCCCGCGGCGCCGCCGCCCCCGACGGUGGCGAGGGCCCUGGGGCAGAAGGCCCAGGCCCUGAGGAGGGCGGGGGCCGCCCAGGAAGCGGAGGCCGCGCCUGGAGGUGCGACGGCUCCAUCUCGGCGGCGAGCGAGGGGGGGAAGUGAGAAUGAGGCUUUCGAGGCUGGAGGCUCGAGGUUCGAGGCUGCGGGUUCGGGGUUCGAGGUUUUCGGACGUCGUCGUCGGUUCUCGGCGGUUUUCCGGCCUCGGGACGCUCGCCAGCAGCUGCGCCUCGCCGAGGGCGUUCUGGGGGUGCCCGGAUCGUCCCGAACGGCCGCUGGAGACCCGAGCUAUGACCCAAAAGCCACAUUCGACGGCGCGCCCGGGUGGAAGUGGGAAGGAGAAGGCCUUCUCAGAAGGCGGCGGGGCUUCUCUCACAAGCCCUCGCGCCUUCUGAGAAGUGUUCCGUGCCGCCGGGGCAGGCUUAGAAAGCUUCUCAGACGGCCCGGGGAUUUCCGCGCCUUUUGAGCAGGCCUUCUCCUUCCCCCCCUCGCUCGCCGCCGACCAUCUGGCAUGGCCCCGCAGCUC